GCUGAGAGGACGCUAAGGGCAACAUUGACCCACGUGGUUAAAUACAUUGAAACCAUGCUACAGUUAGCGUACUGUUGUCAAAUGCAAUCCUCUGGCUCUUAUAGAGUGAGGAGGACCCCGAAUUACUUGGGAAAGACAAGUCGUCGCCAGGAAAGCCACUUCAAAAGCUCUCGUUCCGGGACUUGUAAAGGGUGGCGCAAAACUAAUGGGCUUGGAACUUAUUUAUCAUCGUCUCUUUCUUGGAUUAUUUCUCCUCCACUAACAUAACAAAGUGUCAAUGAUUCACAUGCCUCGGGUCUUCGCUCGUUGAGGCACCUCUUAUGGCUUGGCCACAGUCUAAUCUGACGAUACCCGGAGACGAGCCCCAAGGCUAGACUGAGACGUUCAGUCCACCUCACUAUGGCGACGGGCUAUGCCAACAUCGGUACUCUGAGCCCCUUACCAACAGUGGUACGCACGGGCUCUAUCGCCAUCAGUGUCUUUGCUCUGGCGUCCUUCAUCUCAGUAUCAGGACUACUACUUUACUUAACCUAUAAGUUAAUAGCAUGGCGGUUAGGGAGAUGGACACCCAAAAGUUCUCGAAGAAAAGCACCUGGGCACAUGUUUGCGACCGGACCCAUCAAAUUCGGACCUGCCCACGAUGCUGCCCGGCUCGCCGGUUCAGAGCCAACGGUUGAUGCCCAGUCACUUGUGCCAUCGGAGAGGUCAAACAGACCCCUUUAUCCGAACCAAUUCAUGGUUCUCUUUUUGAACCUGCUCAUAGCCGACUUGCACCAAGCGACCGCUUUUUUUCUCAACGUAUCCUGGGUCCUUCGAGAUGGAAUCGAGGUCGGAACCAGGACUUGCUUCACUCAAGGUCUCUUCGUAUCUAUAGGCGACCUUGCUUCAAGUCUCUUCAUGUCAGCAAUCGCCAUUCACACUUUUUACUCAAUUGUGUACAAAUACCGCCCUCCGCAUAAAACUCUCUACUAUUAUAUUCUCUUUAUAUGGGCAUUUGUAUAUCUUAUAGCAUUGUUGCCUAUAGCUGGCACCUUGAACGGCGCCUCGGCAGGAGGCUUCUACGUCCGUGCCGGAGCUUGGUGCUGGGUUAAUAAGAAGUAUGGCGAUAUCCGUCUACUUACGCAUUACAUCUUCAUAUUUAUUUCCAUCGUCCUGUCUUGGAUACUUUAUACAGCUAUAUACUUGUCCCUGCGACGGCAGUACAGACGAGGUAGCAUCGGCACCACGAAAAACAAGGAUUACCACCAUCCGGUCUUUUUGAUUUACCCAGUUAUUUACUUGAUAUGCAUAUUACCGCUAGCGAUUGGCCGUGUGUCCACAAUGGCUGGGAGAGAACCAUCGCUUGGGUACUUCUGCGCUGCGGGAGCGCUAGUGGCUAGCAACGGCUGGCUGGAUGUCCUCCUCUUCACGACGACACGCCGAUCGAUCGUGUUCGCGCACACCGAAGAGUUCGGGAGCGAGGACACGGGCGUUAAUACAUUUGCAUUUUUAAAACCACAAACGUUCGGAAAUACGAUUUGGGUACGAGGCGGCGAUGACGAGGAGUCUCGAACACAGCCUACUGGCGGCUGGUGGCGGAUACUGGGCGAUCCCGAGACUCAUGUCCGGCGUCCCUCCGAGGGCGGGAAGAAUGCUAGUCAGACAUCCCUGGCACUGCCCGUGGAACGUAGUGGCAUUCAAAUGGAAGUUAUCACGACUGUAGUCGUGGAAGAUACUGAGCCACGGAAACCAGAACGCUCGAAAACCCCAUACUACCAAAGGCAUUUAAGUUGGUCGCAUGGCAAGAUGGCAGGAUGAUACCCCUUUUAUGUAGAAUAAUUAAAAACUCCAAUCUCACUGCCUUGUGAAUCC